AUGGGUAUUUACUACUUAAAGCUUACCGCUGAUUUAUCUAACGUCACAGACUUACAGCCUCUUGACAAUGCGACCAAUCCCUACGAAUACGUAUUCUCAGUGGAAUGCGUCAACUGUAGAGAGACACACCCAAAGCCAGUUUCCAUAAAUAGAUUUGAAAGCUAUGACCAUGGCGAUUCAAGAGGUGUGUCGAACUUUGUGUUCAGGUGUAAAAGCUGUAAGAAAGAAGGAUCUGCAAAUAUUGAAAGAACUGUCUUAAACUAUACAUUAGAAGACUCGGGGAAGUCUGUGGCUCUCUUGCAAAUCGACUCGAGAGGGUUUGAAUUAAAGGAUUUUGUUGCAGAUGGAAGAUUCCAAUGUAAAGGUGUUGAAUCGGGUACUGUAUUCGAUGAGGUUGACUUAAGUGAUAAGGAGUGGUACGACUAUGAUGACAAGACGUCCCAAGAAGUUAGUGUGGAGAAUGUGAAGUGGGAUAUCCUGAGAAGUUAG